UUUCAUUCUGUGGUCCAAGGAGGACAAGUAUCGGUGGACUCAGCUGUGCCACGCCGAGUGGCCGUGCAAGGGAAAAUGCAUGCAGGACUGGACAUACGUAAGAGCCACCAGACACACUCAGGAUGGUUGCCAUCCCAUCCAUCGCGAUGUGUGUGUGUGUGUCUGGCUCGCAGAAGUGUCCCUUCGGGUGGCGCCGCGUCAUCAAGCUGCCGAUCUUCAAGGCAAAACCAAAGCUGCGGUCCGCCCCACACACCGAAACAUACAGACAGACCAUCGCACAUGGAUGUGUCUCUGUCGACACACCACAGUGUGUUGGUGCCGGUCGUGUGCAAGCCGCCGCCUUCGUAUGACGGCCCAUGUGGCAGCAUGAGACAAGACCUCACCAACUUCGACUUCGCCGCCAAGGUAAUUUGCACAGUACACCACCCAGGCGGCAUGUGAUAUGUGUGUGAUAUGUGUGUGUGUGUGUGUGUGUGUGUGUGCAGAGGGCGUUUGCGUUCAGGUGCCAGUUGCGUUGGCCGUGUCGAGGCUCCGCUGGCGGCUCUCUCUUUGCGUCGCGCGGCAUCAACGUCCGCAUCAACCCCCUCUUCCAGCGGUCGACACUCAAAGACGACGCGGCGGCCAGGAAGAAGACAGAGAGAGCUUUCUCACUCACUACAUAACAUGAGAUGAGAUGAGCCCGUUGAUGGAUCAACUGAGAGGGACAUCAAUGCAAAGCAAUUGACACCAUCAAGGCGGCCCCCUGGGUGGUUUUGGGGGGUAACGUGCGGACCUAUGGUUGUGUGUGCAUCAUGACCGCGCUGCCGAG